UAGUGGGCACCGUUUAGAAUCUGUCAUGUGAUGGACAUGUGCGAAGUCGUUUAUACAUGAUUCAUAGUUUUUACCGGCCUUGAUGACCGAUGGCAGGUUGGUGUCGGCAGGAGGAGCUGCCAUGUACACUAGUGGGACCACGAAGACACCGUUCCGUCUCCGUGGAACGGUUCUCCCUGUUGCUGCUGGAGUUUGGAGAGAUUUACUUUGAAGACUACAGCUGCAUCUACUACCCCAACGCCAGUACAGAGUCUGAGUCCAUCGACAGGAAAGAAAGAGGACGACUAAAGGUGUGUUCCAGGUCUCUGAUUUUUGACGCACUGGAUCAUGCCUACCCAAUACUGAAGAUUGCUCUGAGAGACUGCAAGAAGAUAGAGAGAAGACAGCAGCAAUCAGGGACCAGCUCUAGUUUUGUGGUGGUGUGUUCACAGUACACUGAGAUGCUGGAGGGAAAUAUCGUUUCUCCCCACAAAUUUGUUAGAGUAAGUGUCAAUUCCUGCACAUUUUUGUGUGUUGUUCGUAUUUUCGUUAAUACCAUUGUUUUUUCAGACAGAGAUGCGCUGCCAAUUCUCUCUGAGCUACAUAUCGGUCGAUGAAGUCUUGCCACAGAUCCAGACUCUUCAAAGAGCCAGUAGACUUCUAAAAGCAGAGCACCAAAAACUGGUCAACAGCAUUGUGCAAGAGCGUCACUCCAAGGUGUCCUUCAAUGUGAGCUGGCUGGAGGACCUCUAUGAGGAGACAGUAGUGGAGCUCUUAGGAGAGAGGGUCACCCCUCUCGUUACUAACCCGGGACGAAUCAUGCUCACCUCCUCCAGAAUAUACUUCCAGCCUUACAACAACGUUGAAGUUGAGCCUGUGCUCAAGCUGCAGCUGUCUGAGCUCAAGUAUGUCACAAAAAGAAGAUACUUGCUACGGCAUGUGGGUCUGGAGUGUUUGUGUGGUAGUGGGGAGUGUAUGUUCCUGGUGCUGCCAUCACCUCGGGAGAGGAAUAGACUGCACGAGGCCAUCAUGGCCCAGCCCCAAGUCAGUCUCAGCCAGGAUAGUCUGGAGGAAGCCACUCUCAACUGGCUCAGAGGAGACAUGUCCAACUAUCAGUACCUCAUGCUACUCAACUUUCUUUCAGAUCGCAGUUUCAAUGACAUCAUGCAAUACCCUGUAAUGCCUUGGGUUGUGGCAGACUACACGAGCUCUUCUUUAGAUCUGAAACAUCCAGCAACAUUCAGAGACCUCAGUAAACCCAUUGGGGCCCUCAAUGAUGAAAGACUGGCAUUUUUCAAGGAGCGGUAUGAGCAGAUGCGAGGGACCAAGUUCCUGUAUGGCACCCACUACUCAGCCCCUGGCUAUGUGCUCUACUACCUUGUUAGAGCUGCUCCUGAAUACCUGCUGUGUCUUCAGAAUGGAAAGUUUGACCAGCCCAACCGACUCUUCCACAAGAUAUCCAGAACCUGGGAGAAUGUCAACACUGACCAUGCCGAUGUGAAGGAGUUGAUACCAGAGUUCUACCAGCCACCAGGAGACUUCCUACUCAACCUACAGAACUUGGAUCUGGGUGUGAGGUCAGAUGGAGUUAGGGUCAAUGAUGUCAUACUUCCUCCAUGGGCCAAGAGUGCCGAGGAUUUCACAACUAAGCUGCAGGCAGCUCUGGAGUGUGACUAUGUGUCGUCUCACCUUCACCACUGGAUAGACCUGGUCUUUGGAUACAAACAGCGGGGGGAAGAGGCCCUCAAGGCUGACAACUUGUUUCACUACCUCACAUACGAAGGAUCAUUCAACCCUGAGUUCAUCAGAGAUCCAGAGGAACUUGCUGCCAUUGAGCUACAGAUCAAAGAGUUUGGUCAGACUCCUAAACAACUCUUCACACAGCCUCACCCAAGAAAAAUUGUAGUCAACAAGUCACCAGCCGUGGCCCUGGUCUCAGUGGAUGGUGUUGUCUGUAGCAAUGGAGACACCACACAAGGCCUCGCCACUACUAGUAGCUCCACUGUAUCCCAACCUCUUACUCCUCACUCUCAUCCUCCUCCUUCUCCUCCUCUUCAUAUCAACUCCAAUGCGCCCCCACUGCCUGCAGCAGCUCAAACUCCACCCACUAACCGCUAUGAUGAGUGGAUCCAUAUUGAUGCGCCUCCUGAUAGCCGUUCCCCUGCAAAAGGUUCAUGCAGAGACACUAAGUGUCUUACGCUGAAGCACAUAGACAAAGUCCAUAAAGAAGCUGUGUCUGCUGUGGGCGUGUCUCAUGAUAGCAAAUCUUACUUCUCAGUAUCCAAUGACAAGACCAUCAAGGUUCACACACUGGAAGACAAUCAGUUACUUCGUAGUAGCAAUAUUUCUAACUUGCCGCUGUCCAGUUUAGUCAUCCUACCUGGCUCCACAGCAGUUCUCAUAGGCUCAUGGGACAAUAACGUCUAUACUUACUCGACAGAGUAUGCAGCAGUGGUCAAUGCUGAGUACUGCCACCAUAGUUCAGUCACCAGUCUCUCAUGGAGACAUGGCACCAUGGCCACUGGCUCCUGGGACUCCACUGUCAAGGUAUGGACCCUGCCCUAUGACCCUUCUUGUCACAAGCCUGAGCCAGCUGAGUUACAGAGUGAACUGGAUCACGACAAUGAGGUUUCAUGUAUUGACCUGGACUGUGAUGCUCUUAGAGUUGCCUCGGGAACUGUUGAUGGAUACGUCACAGUGUGGAGUAUAGGUGAUGAAGAAAGGGAGUAUGAGCUACAAGCUCACAAUGAUGGGGUCACUGCUCUCCGGUUCAGUCCAGGUGGCGGUAGACUGUGUACUUGUGGUGGUGAUGGUAUUGUACGAGUAGUUGACCCCACUGCUAAGGUGGAGGUCAUUUCAAAGAGGGCACCUGAAAUUCUGCAAUGUGUGGUGUGGAUGGAUGGGCAUCUGGUAAUGGGUGGGGAGUCAGGAGACAUUCAUGUGUGGGAGGCUGAAACUCUUUGCGAGGUGUCCAGACACAAGGCACACUCAGGCACAGUAACAUGUCUCCACCUGUCAGAUGACGGCUCUGUCCUCGUGUCGGGCAGCAAGGACAGGUGUGUAGCUGUAUGGCUAGUUAAGUCUCAUGCUGACUCUCAAAAACAGUCAUCAUGACACACUGUGUUGUUCAGUUAUACUGUGCUCAACCAACAUAAUUUCUUUUUUUAAACCUGCAUAAUUAUACUUUUAAAUAAACCCUGACAAGAUUUUGCUCAUGUACAUUCAGAAAAGGUGCACAUGAAUAUUUACACUGACAGUAGACAAAAAUAAGUGUCCUGUGUAUAGAUUGGCUACUUGUAUCGGUUGCGGUUCCUGGCAUAGACCAUCUCGUUAGAGUGAGCUUUUUUCUCUCUCUUCCCCUGCUGGAUGGCACGCAGGCACACUCCCAGAGUGAGUGCCAUCAUGACAAACAUCAGUCCAAUUCGGAACCGUGAGUUCACCUUGUCCAUUUCCUCCGGACUGCAAGAAACAGAGCCAUAAGAUAAUAUGACUCACUAAGAGCCAUGCUCAGCAGCAUAGAGAAGCAUCAUCACAAGAACAGCUCACCCCAUGGUGGUAGGAAUGUCGCCUCCACGGUGGGAUCUAGUGAUUCUGACCACAAACCUCUCGUACGGAGAGAGGACGUGUCUCGGUGUUGGGGUGCUUAUGCCUGAUGGGGUCCGUGGCGGCGACUGAACCUCAGACUCUGGGUUUGUAGCGAGGCAUCUGCUGCACACUGCCCCCCUGGUGGCUGUUGCAGCUCUUACAGCACGCAUCCAAGCCAUACUUCGUAGUGCUAGGGAGUCAAACAUCUUCUGACUAACUGCAGAGUGACUGAAUGAGAGGAGGAUGUCCUUGCAGGCUGACAGAAAAGGUCGUCGGGGUCAUCGAUGCUCCGCCUGUUCUCCGGUAACCCCUUGAGCACGAAAUAAGCGCGCGUAUGUAGUGCGCGUGGCGUGGCUUGCAGGUCUCGAAGACUGAAGAUGGCUGACUACCAAGCUGAGAGAAAGCUGCGAGAAGCUCAUCUGAAGACACAGAUAAAUCAGAAACUCGAAGAGAGUGGAGAAAGAGAACGGUUGAAGGAGCUAUUGCGCAACAGACUGAAGGAAUGUGGAUGGAGGGAGCAACUGAAGAAUCACUGCAGAGAGGUAAUUGCCAUCAAGGGGCUGAACAAUGUGACAGUUGACAGUCUGGUACAAGAUGUUACUCCAAAGGCCCGAGCUGCUGUUCCUGACUACGUCAAGAAGGAGUUGCUGCAGAAUAUCAGGGACUACCUCGACAAAAACCCAUGAACAACCCAGUACUCUGGUCACAACUGUAUUACGUCAUGUUUUGGUAAUCAGCAUAGUUACUAUGUAAUUGUUGCCAUAUUUCCUUCUGAGUCACUCUCUUGCUUUAUCAUACAUUAUUUGUCUGCGUGUUCACUCUUUUGUGCAUGUUUCUUGGUCCUCGCUAUUCGUAUUUUACCACACUAGCCAAAAAUAUCGGCAAAAUGGAAUGAAAAAAGAGCCACGAUGAGUAUGUAUGUGUAAAGAAUUAGUCAUUCAGAGAAAAUGUCAUAAU